AUGGCAGAAAUAAAUCCUCAAAUUUCUACAGCUGCCGUCAUCAGCUGGCAAAGUCGCGAUACCCUAAAGUACUUGGCCGAACCUGAUCCGAAGAACAACACCCUGACAUUCAAGACACGAGUGGACAAGACCUCCUCUCUCUUCGAAAUCAGUGUGCCUCUCUAUCUCAAGCUCACAGAGAAGAGAACACCGAAAGUCUCAGUCAUUUUAUGCAUUCCACUCUCAACAAUCGAGACAUUUUCAUACCAAAUGCUCCCCAUAGUCCCUCAGCCUGUGAGAGCAAAAUUCAGCCCUCAGGUCCUUGGCCUCGAUUUUAAACUCAAUGAGAAUAUUACUGUCCUCAUUCCUCUUUACGCUAAAGAACAGCCGGCCCAAGGCAAGACGCAAUCAGGUUUUGUUCUCGAUAAUAUUCGUGAAAUAUCACAGAUGAAAUCGUUCUCUGUUUACAUCGACCAUAGUGCUUUGUUCGAGGCCCAACUACAUGAAAUUCGCAAUGCAAUGAACGGAGGUCACUACCGGUUCACACGCAAAAGACAGCUUGACCUGCAGAGUCUUUAUCAAGGUGAAGGCGCCAAGAUUGCCCAUCUUCUUCCCCAGCCAGAACAGGCGCCCCCGCGCCCAGUUCGAAGAGCUGCCCGCUUACGAUGA